AUACUCCUUUUAUUCUUAAUUAGCCAAAAUAUUUUAUGCUUAUACUUUUGACUUAAAGUCCAAAUUACUACUUAGAUUGUCAUUCUUCAACAAAAUUCACUGCUAGUGAUUCCAAGAAUGGACAUUUGAUGAAUAUUGAAGCAUGUUUUAAUUAAAAGAUCUUACACCUUAUUGUCAUUUUAGUGGUGCAUACUAUUGUUACUAAUACUUCCAAUAUUGCCAAGAAGAUAUUGGGUACUCAACAUCGUAUUUGGCUAAUAUUGGGAACUUGACAAUGUAAUAUGUUUUGGCCUGAGCGUAGUUAGUGCAAGCAACAAAGUGCAGUUAGGCACAGGUUUAUAGUGCAGUUAGGCACAGGUUUUCUAAUUUAGUGAAAUAGUUUACUGAUGCCAUCCCUCUCAUUCAUCUCGAUCGUAAUUAUGAGACAUGCCCCCUGGACCUUAUUAAUCUGACAAAUAAUGUGCAUACAACGUAACCAUUACAUGAUUCAAACUUUAGUCUUCAUGAUCCGAGCAUCGGGAAUUUCCAAACAAUCUCACAAUUUUUUUAAGAGAAAUCUCGGUGCGCUAUUACUUUUAUUCCUUCAGAAAUAAUCAAUUUUCAUAUUUAUUACAGAAUCAUAUGAGCAUGUUCUGAGAGCUAAAAGGAAAGAACCUGUAGGUGCUAAUGGAUUUACAAUAUAAAAUCGAGAUACUGGAGAUAAAUAAGGUAAUAAAUGUUCCUAUUAAUCUGAUCUUAUUUCCAAUAGAAAGAGAGUCCUACAAGAUCUGGAAGUUGAAAUUUAAAAAGAAAGGAGAUCAUGGUACGUAGGCAAAAUUUUCCUGAGAUCAUGGAAAAAAUGCUGCUACCUAGUUAGGAAUGGGAAGAGUAAGUUUAUACAUGGUAAUGGCAAUUUCUUUAUUUAGUAUCAUAAUAGCCAUCCAUCAAAUCCUUGAUUCUAUCAAAUAAUUGACAUUCAUUAGACAUAGAGUUCUAUUAAGAAGACUAGCUUGACCAAAAAUGGUCAAGAACAUAGACGAAACCAGUAAAGCCUGAGAUCCAUUUAAGAACUGUGCAAGCUGGUGAAAAUGCUUAUAGUUCUAUCAAAUAAUUGCCUCUUAUUGCAUGCCUUGUCUAAUAUCUCAUUGUUUUUCUAAUAUGCUUUACAAGGUGUUUUAUUCAUAUGGAUGAAAUCAUGACUUAUGAUUGACAAAAUGUUUCAUGUCUUUGUUGUUGCAUUGUAAGAAGAACAAAUGUCUAAGAAGAGCCAACAUACCCUUGCUGGUCCAUCAACCCAAGAUGAGAAGAAGAGGAAGGCCAUUUGGAAUGAAAAAUUGAUAGAGGAGUUUAUCGAUAUAUGUAUUGGUGAAGUUGAAGCUGGUAAUCGCCCAGGAACACAUUUCAAUAGGUUAGGGUGGGCCAAUAUAAUUAAGAAAUUCAAUGAGAAGACUGGAAAUCAAUAUGACUACAAAAAAUUUAAAAAUAAGUGGGAUAACCUGAAAGCAAAUUGGAGCAUUUGGAUGAAAUUGGUGGGAAAGGAAACAGGACUUGGAUGGGAUCCUGUUAGAAAUACAAUAGAUGCACCAGAUGCAUGGUGGGAAAAAAAUUGCAGGUACACGUGCCACUAGUUUAAUAUUUGUAAGAUUUUUUAUACUAACCUAUAAACUACUAUUGACAACUAUAUAUUGUUAACUUGCAGGAGAUUCCUGAUGCAGCUAAGUUUCGAGAACGUGGUCUACAACAUGCCAUAAAAUUGGAUAGGUUAUUUAGAGGUACUAGUGCCACUGGGGAGGGGGCCUGGGCACCAGCUUUACUGGUGCAGGAGGAUGUUGAGGACACAAUUGAAGUAUAUGAGAGGUUGGAUGGGGUUAAUAAUGAUACAUUUGAGGGCUUAGGUGACUCAGAUGAGGACCAUCAUAUGAUUGAGUAUAAAAUUGAUGAUGUUCCUACUGAUAAUUUUAAUGUUAACCUUACUCUUGCAUCUGAUGCUAUCCAAGAGAGAGGAAAGAAAAGAGUUAGCUCUACUUUGCAUGAUAAGAAAUGCAAGAAGGUUGGGGGUGCUGCACAACUAUCUCAGCAAUUGAGUCGUCUUAUUGAUGCAGUGGAGAAGAAAAGUACAGUGCCAUCCAAGAUGAUUGAUAAACCUGGACGUAGUAUCGAUGAGGUGAUGGACGUAGUGCAUAUGAUGCCUGAGAUGGUAGCACAACCUGAACUGCUUUUGAUUGCUGCUGAGGUGCUCCUUAAAAGAGAACAUCGAGAGAUGUUUAUGGCACUCCGAGAUACCAAUCUUCGAAUUGAAUGGCUCAAGCGAAUGUCAAACUUACAUAAGUAGUUGUUGACGUACUAUUAUGGCAAUAUGUUUUGUAGUUUUAAUUAUGAACUUCUAUUAUAGAAUGAUGAUGGACUAUAUGUAUUUGUGGUAUCUCUUGGAUAAUGAAUCGUGGAUGCUAUUGAUUUUAUGGAUAUUAUAGAUGUUAUGAUUUUGUGAUAUUAUAUGUAUUUGCAUUAUAUGUUUAUAUAUCAUUUGUUUUAUUUGCUACAGAUGUUUUAUUUUUUGCAUAAUAUGUUUUCUACAGGUAUGGGCAGCAUUGACAAUAGUUCUGAGGAGAAUUAUUCCAGUGAAGAUGAGAUAGUUGAUGAUGAUAAUUAUAAUAUUCUACUAACUGCAACUGUUGGUAUGGUUACUGAAUAUUACACAAAAUAUAUUGAAAAGGAGCCUUGUAGGACCUCUUAUCAAACCGGAUAUAAGUUUGUAUCAGAAAUUUUACAUGGCAAUCCAUAUAGAUGCCAACAACAAUUUCGAAUGGAAAAACAUGUAUUUAUUAAUCUGUGCAUGGAAUUGAAAAUCAAAUAUGGUUUAAAGGCUUCUAGAUAUAUUCCUGUUGAGGAGCUGGUGUCUAUGUUUUUGAUGAUUCUAGGACAUGGGUUUGGGAAUAGGAUGGUUCAAGAAAGAUUUCAACAUUCCGGAGAAACAGUUAGUAGAUAUUUCACCCAUGUUUUAAAUGCUGUUUUAAGGAUGUCCAAGGAUAUUAUUAGCCCGCUGGAUAAAGAGUUCAAAAAUAUUCCAAGUAAAAUCCGCGAUGAUCAUCGUUGGUGGCCUUAUUUUAAGGACUGCAUUGGAGCAAUUGAUGGCACCCAUAUACCAGUGAAAAUUUCUCCAUCCAAACAAGUACCAUAUAUUGGCCGAAAAGGGAUUCCUACACAAAAUGUUAUGGCUUGUUGUGAUUUUGAUAUGCGUUUCACUUUUGUUUGUGCUGGAUGGGAAGGUACUGCUCAUGAUACUCGUAUUUUUUUAGAUGCUAUACACAGAAAAGAGCUCCAAUUUCCACACCCACCUAGAGGUAAAUAUUAUUUGGUGGAUGCAGGAUAUCCUCACAUGUUGGGAUAUAUGGGGCCUUACAAAGGGGAGAGGUAUCAUUUACCAGAUUUUCGACGUGGAAGUCAACCAAAGGGUAUGCAUGAAAUCUUUAAUCAUGCACAUUCCUCCCUGAGAUGCACUAUUGAGAGGACAUUCGGAUGCUGGAAAAGUAGAUGGAGAAUGUUGAGUACCAUGCCCAACUUUUCUUAUCAUAAACAAGUCCAAAUUGUGGUGGCUUCCAUGGCUAUUCAUAAUUUUAUUAGAAAUCAUGCAAUCAAAGAUUUGGAGUUUCAGCCUUAUGAUGAUAAUGAGGAUCUACUCUCUUCUGAUUGUUUAGAGAUUAAUGAACCACAGGAAGAACUGAGUGCAGAGCAAAGCCAAAUAUUGGGUAACCGUGAGAUGGAUAUUCUGCGUGAUCAUAUUGCUUCUCAACUUAUAGCUCGUUGACUUCUGAGUGCAGUGCAAUUCCACAUGUUGUUUUAUUUUGUAUUUGACCAAACAUGAAUGUUCGUUGUAUUUUUGUUGCUACUACGUCAACAAUGUAAAAAAGUAUGAACAAGGUAAAGUUAGAGAGGAUGGAUAUUAACUAUGUGCAAUCCUUGAUUAA